AUGAGCUUCGGAACAAUAGUGAUUGCCGCGGGCUUAUGUGGAUUACUAAGUUUUACUUUACUUGCCGUUGCAAUCGGAAGCGACUACUGGUACAUAAUUGAGGUAGAUCCCGCAAACCACACGACUUCGGAGGACAGGAAUUCCCACUCUGGAUUGUGGAGAAUAUACGAAGGAAAAAAUGGCAGCUUUCAUGAUAUCUACUCCUUCAACGUCGAUACCUCCAAUCAUACCGAGCGAGAGAAACACCUGUUAAACCUACACAGGGUCACAGUCAUUCUCCUUCCCCUCAGCCUGGUUCUGCUUGUGUUUGGUGGGAUCUGUGGGCUCGCUGGCUCCUUAGCUCGAAGCAAAUUUCUUCUGACUGGAACUGCCUCGUACCUACUCAUCUGUAGUCUCCUUACCAUCUCAGCGGUGAGUGUCUAUAUCAGCCUUUCCCAGCAGGCCUUGGAGGACCUCCAGCACAUGGCUGACAUGGAGUCCUUGUCUCACAUGCAUGUGUCCUUUGGUUGGUCACUAGCUGUUGCAUGUUUGUCUUUCUGCCUGGAGCUGACCACAGGUGCUCUGCUCAUACUGGCCGCCAAAAUAGCCUACACUCAAUAUCACAACGAGUCCACUGUGGCUAUCUCUAUGGCUUAG